GCCCCAAAUCCGGUGUGUUAAUGUGAGGGAGGAGCGAGAGGAGGAGACAGUUAAACAUCCCGGAGACAGAGAGGAUGACAUGAAUGAACAACACUGAGAGAGAGAGAGAGAGAGAGAUUCUAAAAAGAGCGGACGCGCUCGCAGCGAGUCAUUGGUGUUGACGAUCUCGCGCACGUUCCUUUAUGACGUUGCAGGCGUGCGUUCAGCGUUCGGACUUCUGCGGGAUGCGAGCGUCGCGAAUCCUCGUCCAGCUUCUGGGACGCUCGAUAUGAGCCGGAUUACGGUGAGCACGAAGCGCGUGGCGUCCGGAGCUCCGAUGGAUCCGAGCGGACUAAGUCUCCACUGAUCCGCACAGCAGCAGCAGCAGCAUCUCCUCCGCCGGACACGACAUGGAUGAUUCGGGAAUAAUCAGGCGCAGGCGGCUCCAGAAGGAUCUUCCUCUGCCCCGUAAGAACAGCAGUUGCCGCAGUAACCGGAAGAGUUUGAUUCUGACCUCCACCUCCCCGACUCUGCCCCGCCCACAUUCCCCGUUACCGGGGCACAUCGGAAGUAGUCCUCUGGACAGCCCUCGAAACUUCUCGCCCAGCACUCCGGCACAUUUCUCCUUCGCUUCCUCAAGACGGGAUGGGCGUCGAUGGUCACUGGCGUCUCUUCCAUCUUCUGGUUAUGGAACAAACACUCCCAGCUCAACGUCCUCCAGCUCGUCUCAGGAGAGUCUGCACCAGCUGCCGUCUCAACCCACCAUGGACGAGCUGCACUUCCUGUCCAAACACUUCGGCAGCACAGAGAGCAUCACUGAUGAUGACGGCGGACGCUGUUCACCCCACAUAAGACCCCGCUCACGCAGCCUGAGUCCGGGUCGCUCUCACUCCUGCUACGACAAUGAGAUCAUUAUGAUGAAUCAUGUUUACAGGGAGCGUUUCCCUACACAAACACACACACACACACACACACACACACCACAGCAUCUGUCUACCUGUUUCUCACACCUGUCCACCUUCACCAGUGUUUGCGGCACCCCAGAGUAUAUCGCCCCGGAGGUGAUCCUGCGGCAGGGUUACGGCAAGCCAGUGGACUGGUGGGCCAUGGGCAUCAUCCUCUACGAGUUUCUGGUGGGCUGCGUGCCGUUCUUCGGCGACACACCGGAGGAGUUGUUUGGUCAGGUGAUCACAGAUGACAUCGUGUGGCCCGAUGAUGAUGACGCCCUCCCCGCUGAUGCGCAGCACCUGAUCGCAUCUCUCCUGCAGACAAACCCGCUGCUCAGACUGGGCACAGGUGGAGCGUUCGAGGUGAAGCAGCAUUCGUUCUUCUGUGAUCUGGACUGGAGCAGUUUGCUCCGACAGAAAGCCGAGUUCAUCCCUCAUCUGGAGUCGGAGGAGGACACCAGCUACUUCGACACGCGAUCAGAGCGGUAUCAUCACGUUCACUCGUACGAUGAGGACGACACCAAUGACGAUGAGCCAGUGGAGAUUCACCGCUUCUCCUCUUGCUCACCACGCUUCAGCAAGGUGUACAGCAGCAUGGAGCAUCUGUCCCAGCUGGAGCACAAGUCUGUGGUGACCCGCCGAGAGCCCAAAGCUCACAGAGAAGAUCGCAGUAAGAGAGAAAGUCUAGGCAGCCUGACCCUCCGAGACAAGACCUGGAGAACCGGAUCCCCUGAGAUGAAGCGUUUGUCGUGUUCAGAGUUGUCCUUCACUGAAUCAGAGUCCAGUUCUCCCGGCGCGCGUCGGCGUUUCUCAGCGCUGAUGGACACGCACCGCUUCGCUUCUCCACUAGAGGGAGACGGUGAUGUGCACACGUGCCAAACACCCAUCAAAACCAGGGGUUCAUCACUAGAGGGCGCCAGCAUACCCGUCGGCUCUGGACUGGUGGAGUCCAGCUCUACAGCGUCAGUGGGACAUCCUGGAGAUAAACUCCUGCGGCCUGCCGAUGCCGCCACUGCCGCGGCUCCUCUACACAUACCAGACUCGUUUGGGCCUCGCGUAGGAAGUGACCUCGUCUUACGAAGAGCGCGACAUCAUCAGAUUCCGACUGACAGUGAGAAACGUAACGCAACUCGCUCAGGAACCAAAGUCAUAAAGUCGGCCUCCGCCACGGCCCUGUCUGUCAUCAUACCUGCAGUUGAGCAGCAUGGUACGUCACCUCUAGCCAGUCCCAUGUCUCCUCGCUCCAUCUCCUCCAAUCCCUCGUCUCGUGACUCGUCUCCGAGUCGUGACUACUCACCUACAGUCAAUGUCCUGCGCUCACCAAUCACUAUCCAUCGCUCUGGAAAGAAGUACGGCUUCACCUUGCGUGCCAUCAGAGUCUACAUGGGCGACAGUAACGUCUACAGCGUGCAUCACAUGGUCUGGCAUGUAGAGUCUGGUGGGCCGGCCCAGGAGGCGGGGCUUUGUGCUGGUGACCUCAUCACCCAUGUGAACGGGGAGUCUGUGCACGGAUUGGUGCACACAGAGGUGGUGGAGCUCAUUCUGAAGAGUGAAAGCAAAGUGACAGUCACAACCACUCCAUUCGAAAACACGUCCAUAAAGAUCGGACCGGCCAGGAAGCUGAGCUACAAAGCCAAGAUGGCCAGACGCAACAAGAAGUCAGUCGCAAAAGAUGGACAAGAGAGUAAGAAGCGCAGCUCUCUCUUUCGUAAGAUCACAAAACAGUCCAACCUGCUUCACACCAGUCGUAGUCUGUCCUCUCUGAAUCGCUCGCUGUCGUCUGGAGACAGUCUACCUGGAUCGCCGACACACAACCUGUCACCUCGCUCGCCCACGCAGACGUACCGCUCUCCUCCAGACUCCGCCUUCCUCGGCACGUCGUCUCAGAGCAGUUCUCCAGCACCCAGCACGCCAAACUCGCCUGCAACAUCUCAGCACAUGCGGCCGAGCUCUCUUUAUGGUCUCUCGCCCAAACUCCACCGGCAGUACCGUUCUGCUCGCUGCAAAUCCGCUGGGAACAUUCCUCUGUCUCCGCUGGCUCACACGCCGUCCCCUACUUCGUCUUCCCCGCCACCCAUCGCUGGACACACCGUCGGCAGCUCCAACACCACACAGGCCUUCCCCGCCAAGCUCCACGCCUCUCCUCCAAUCACCCGCCCCCGGCCCAAGAGCGCAGAACCACCCCGUUCGCCUCUUCUUCAACGGGUGCAGUCGGCAGAGAAGCUCGGCCCACCCCCUCCGCCUUCAUUUCCGUCCUCCUCGUCUUCCGUGGGCUCGGACAGAAAAGGAGGGCUUUGCGUGUCCAUGAGGAAGCAUGGUUUGGAAGUUGUGCACGCCGAAUACCGCCGGGAGUCGUUCCACUGUGAACACGCCCUCCAGAGCCUGAUGGAGAUUGAGGGCGAGAACACGCCUGGGGCUCCGCCCUCUCCACCCGACCAGACACCAACACACACACCCGCCAAGCUCACGAUGAGUCCGGUGAGGCAGCUCGGGAGGCAGGACUCAUUGGCGGGACAAGAGUCCGAGGAGAAAGCGAGGCAGCCCAACUCAAGUGAAGUCGUUUUAAGGACUGCGUCGAAAACCCAACCAGUAGCACCCACCUUGGAUCCUAAAUCAACCCAGUCUGGCGAGCCACUUCAGAAGGAGAAAGUGGCCUCCAAGUCUGAGUCUUCUCACGUAUCAGUUGUCUUGACAGGGAAGGAAGCAGCCAGGGAUAUGGGAAAGAGCGAAACUCUUAAUGCAAUUGUAUCUGGCCCCAAGAUCCCAGAGCAGACGCCAGUUGUCCAGGGCUCUGGAGCACAGGAACUCAAACCCCAUAGCCUUCAAACUGAUGGUCCUAAAGGGCUGGAAAAUGGAAAAGACAUGGGAAAGGUCCCAGUGAAGGAGAAAACUGCGCAGGCAAUGGCUCCUGAAGCAAACAAGUCAGGUAAAGGACCUCUAAACAUUGAGGGGACUGCACCUAGUCUUGUUGCUGCACCGAAAGUCUCAGAAGCAGUUCCUGCCCAGUCCAAAACCAUUGAAGAACGGGUUCAAACCCCAUCGGGGUCAACCAGAGGCCCUCAAGAGGAAAGAUGUCGCCUGGAAGCAGCCAAAGAGUCCCCAGCCUCUCCGUCUCCAACCGCCCGAUCGCCUUGCGCAAGCAAAUCACGUGCUGUAACUCCAGGCGACAGGUCCAGCUUCGUGACGCAGCUCACCAGUGUGGCUAAAACUGUGCUCGGGCCGAUGAAGUUGGGCUCUCAGGAUGGCGGCAAGGCCAAAGACAGCGCCAAAGCCAACGAGGACAAACGAGCCACCACGUUGGGAAAGUCUGAGGCCUCGUCUGGGAGUCGCCGUGGCUUGACGGGAACAUGGCCCGGUCCUGGAUCGUCAAAGCCUGAAAAGGCAUCAAAGAGCUCUUCCAAGCAUUCGUAAUAUUCUUAAUGGGAACUUUCAGUUCGGAACUUUAAAUAGGAUGUGUUCCCAGUAUUUGUCCAAAUGCAGACUGUUCAAAAGACUCUACAGCCAUCAAACCAAGAUAUAACACACACAAAAAAUCAAGUAAAGGUGCUUCAAAAUGACCGUUGUCAAAUAUGUUUGUUUUGCAUAUGCUGUAAGAAUAUAUGCACCAUUGUAUGUGGAUGUAGAACAAACCAGUAUGUCUCUCUAGAUGCAUGUUACAUGUAUAUUGUGAAUCAAUGAGUCAAAAAAAUGAGAUAUGAAAAAUGAAACAAAGACCUAAUGCUAGUGAACACUGCACAUCCAAUCAUUCCUGCCCGGUCUGUAGAGGGCAUGACCUGUCAUUCACCACCAUAUCAACCAAUCAGUUUGGCAGAUUUAGAAACGCGAGGUUGUUAAAGUGUUUACUUAGUGACCGACACCAUAGAUCUAAACGAUCUCAGUCCAGUACCUCAGCAAUACUGUUAAACUGCCAACAGUAGCGCUAUACUAGAGGCAACAGAAUGCCUAACUAGAGGUUUGGGAGGGUUUAACUGGUGGAAAAUGGAAUUGAUUGUUGCACAAGGACAGAACUAUAUGUAUAAGUGCUUGUUUCUGUUGUCUUAAUUACAUUUGCACUGGAAAUGCCCAGCAGAAGUCAACAUGAAAUCAGAAUUCACCAUGUUUACUUUCUUAAUGGAUUGCAAUGUUGUUUAAUCUGCAUAAAAUGUAAUAUUUGAUCCACCCGGACUAAGUCUGUAGUCAAAUAGCUACUUAGUAGGAAAUGCAGCCUUUUUACCGACUAGUUAAUAGAGUAAUUUAAUGCAUAAACAGAUUUGGAAAAGAAGCAUGACUGUUACGGAAUUAAAUUGGGUUGCAGAUGUCGUUUCAUGUUGACUUUUAUGUGGAUGAAUUUAACUGUCUUUAGAAAGGAGUAAGGAGAGUCUAUAUAGUUUUAAUUUGCCACCCUGAGACUGAAGGGAAAACCUCAAGGAUGACAUUGUUAAGAAAUGAUAUUGAGAUUAUUAGAUGAACUCUAUGAAGAAAAUAGGUCACUAUGAUGUCAUCCUGUUGGAAUAUAUAUAUUAUAGGCCAGUAACUGCACUGUGGAUUAUACACUUGAAUUCUUACAAAUCUGACGAAGCCUGAAUUAUUCUUUAGUAUAUGCAGAAGAGUUUGUGAAGUGUGAGGUGGUACAUGUGUAGAUGUGUUUCAUUUGACUCCAUUCAGGGCUUUUAAUUCACUUUUGCUACAUUGUGUCCAACUUUUAUAGGAAGUAAUGACGUAGUAGGUUGACAUGUAAACGUCUAGUGGUCUGCGAGAGAUGAAACGAUGUUUUAGAAGUGGCUUCAUGUUACAUGAGGAACUGAUCCAAUCUGUUUACACUUUAAAUCACACGGUCACUCUCACGUUUGUGUGAACGUCCUUUGGAGACUCUGUGUAGUGAAUCUAGCGAUGUCUUAGGAGUGUUUGGUGCCAUGAUAAUGCAAUGAUUUUCUUCCAAAUCAGUCGAUCCUUGAUCCUUGAUUGCCAAUAGAGGACUUUACACUUCACCCAAAUAUAUUAACCUGAAUAUGUUCUUUGGUAUUUUCUUCUAGACGUAGUACCACAAUAAUAAAAAUUUUUUUGGACAUACACGAUGGUAUUGCCCUGAAUAUACAUGGAUAUGUUAAUGAUUCAGUGGUGUAUCUAUGAUCCAUGGUAUAUAUCAGGUACCAUCAUUGUACCAUGGUAACACCACAGUACUUUUUGUGAGGAUAAUGUCAUCUUUUAUAAGUUUAAUAAUAUUUGGGUAGGGUGUAUAUGCCUUUAUUGUGUUUUCAGAUUGGUUUGUGCUGUGAAGUGUGUGUAUGUAGGAUAGAUCGUGUCAGUGAGUUUAGAUUAGACACCGUUACUCACGCAACGAAUACAAGCAAUGUUACAGAAUGCACUUUAUUGAUUUAUCUCUUUGUAUUUAUUUAUUUAUUUAUUUAUAACGUUAUUUGAAUGAUUUUCGCCCUGUUUGAUUAUUAAAAACUGCGCUGCUUUGCAUAAAUCUUCAAACUGUUUUACCUGUGAAUUUUUUUGUACAGUCACUUCUUAUAUCAUUGUUUAUUUACAAUUUUUUAUGAUUUCUCACCUCAGGCAAUGUUAUAAACGAAUGCAAUUUUAAAAAAUAUCAAUAAUAAAGUGCAGUAAUAAUGAAUAAGCCAA